UGGGCCGGGCCGAAGAUUCGAGAAGAAAUGUGAUAAGAAAGUCAGUGAAAGCGGUUAAAGAUUUCAAUGAGCGCCGUGGGUUGGUAGAUAGAAAUAAAAGACAUAAGUAACAGGGGAUCGUGUUUGCUUCAAUUCUUCAACAACCUCAUUCAUUCGCUCACUCUCACUGCGAAUCAUGGGUUGGAUUACACGGUUCAUAACUGCGGUGGCUUUCUUAGCCGUGGGAGUGAUAUUCUCACCGGAGACACUAGGGUCAAAAUCAAACACCCUUUCCACCUACCUCAAACUCGCUCACCUCCUCAGCUUCUCCACCGCCUUCGGUGCCGCUCUAUGGGUCACCUUCAUCGGCGGUAUCAUCAUGUUCAAGAAUCUGCCACGGCAUCAGUUUGGGAACCUGCAAAGCAAGAUGUUUCCGGCGUAUUUCUCCAUGGUGGGUGUGUGUUGCGCCGUGUCGUUGGCUUCUUUUGGGUACCUUCACCCAUGGAAAACUUCCUCCACUACUGAGAGAUACCAGCUUGGGUUUUUGCUCUCUGCAUUUGCGUUCAAUCUUACCAACUUGUUUGUCUUUACGCCCAUGACCAUCGAGAUGAUGAAGCAAAGGCAUAAAGUGGAGAGAGAAAAUAAUAUUGGGGAGGAAGUUGGGUGGUCAAAAAAUGUUCAAGUUGCAAAGUCAAACCCAAAGCUUGCAGCCAUGAAUAAGAAGUUUGGCAUGAUUCAUGGAUUAUCCUCCCUUGCUAAUAUAAUGUCGUUUGGGAGUCUAGCAAUACACUCUUGGUACUUGGCAGGUAAAAUUGAUCUCUGAUUCAGUUUCUGCUUCCCGUUCUGUUAAAGACAAUUGAGCUCCUUGUGAAGAGCUAUAUAAGUGAAGAUCCCAGUGUUUUCUUUAUCUUCCAGAUACUUGUUUAUUGUGUCAAGUAAGUGUAGAAUGUCUGUGUAAUUUAUGAAAUGUAUUAUCAAAUUACUACAGCAUAUUGGUUGGCCAAUAGAAUCUCAUGGGGUUGCCAUGGAAAGUGGAAACACAAUGUAAUCACCUUACUUCACAUUAAUAAAAAAAAAGUAGUCUCU